AUGUGCGGCAGUGAUAUCUUCUUGGGCUUCCUGGCCAUCCUCUUCCCUCCCAUCGCUGUCGCUGAUAUAGCCUCACANGUAUGGGUCAAGCGCGGCAUCUGCUCAGCCGACUCUUUCAUCAACAUCGCCCUCUGCGUCCUGGGUUUCCUGCCUGGUCUGAUUCACGCCUGGUACAUCAUUUCGCGCUACCCCGACCCUACGUACGACGAGCUCGCCCAAGAACCCGAGGGAGGCCGUGUGACAUACUACUAUGUCCAACAGAGCCAUCGUCCUUCAGUGAGCAGCGCCAGAGGUCCUGGGUACGGAACUAUCAGCGGCGGCCCCAGUGGUCAGGCCGAGGGAUCGCAACCCCAGCAAUACCGUCAAGACCAGCAGAUGCCUAGCGCGUCAAAGCACGAUGCUGCAAACCCUCCCACCUACGCCGAGGCUGUCAAGGGCAACAACAAGGUCCAGUCACACGACUAG